AUGUUGAAGAACAUUGUCAAAGUGCUAGAAGAUAUGGAAGUUGUAGUUUUGGGGAUCUUUCUCAAACACCAAGACUCACCCAUCGUGAAGGCCAAUAAUCGGACUCUCAGCUUCAUCCUGCUCAUCUCCCUCCUCCUCUGCUUCCUGUGCCCAUUUCUCUUCAUUGGUCAGCCAAACACAGCCUCCUGCAUAUUGCAACAAAUUACAUUUGCUCUGGUGUUCACUCUGGCUCUUUCCACUGUUUUGGCUAAAACUAUAACGGUAAUUCUGGCUUUUAGAAUCAUGACACCAGGAAGAACAAUGAGAAGGCUCUUUUUCUCAGGUUUCUAUAACUCUGUCAUCCCCAUAUGUAUCUUGAUCCAGUUUAUUCUCCUUGGACUCUGGCUGGGAACUUCUCCUCCCUAUAUUGAAGAAGAUGCACACUCUGAACAUGAUCACAUCAUCAUUUUGUGCAACAAGGGCUCAGUCACUGCUUUCUACUGUGUGCUGGCAUAUUUAGGGACCCUGGCCUUAGGAAGCUUCACUGUGGCUUUCCUGGCAAGGAACCUACCUGAUAGAUUCAAUGAAGCCAAGUUCCUGACAUUCAGCAUGCUGGUGUUCUGCAGUGUCUGGGUCACCUUCCUCCCUGUCUACCACAGCACCAAGAACAAAGUCAUGGUGGCUGUGGAGGUCUUUUCCAUUUUAGCAUCCGCUGCCGGACUGCUUGGAUGCAUCUUUUUCCCAAAGUGCUUCAUAAUACUCCAAAGGCCUGAUAAGAAACAUUUGAAAUAUGGCGGCGGCGCUGGGCGUCCCGGGUCUGUGACUCCUACAAAGAGGGGAGCCGGGGGCCGCACGGGAGCGGCGGCCGAGGCGCAGGCCGGGCCGUCUGUCCUCUGCCGUCCGCCCCGCGUCCGCCCGCCCCCGCCGCCCGGCUUCCCGCCGGCGGCCCCGCCCCUCCCCCAACCGUCCGCCUAG